ACGCUCCAAAACCCGGCGCUAGAAAACUAGCCGUUGCAAAACCGAGCGUCCCAAGCUCAACGUUCUUCUAUUUACCCGUCUCCUUCAAUCCACACUCCCCCUCUAAACAAAACCCUCAAAUCCAUGAAAUUCAGGAUUUUCUCUCUCUAGAAAUCCACUCCCCCCAAUUUCAUUUUCCGGCGACUUCCCCCCCAUGGAAUCGAGUUUGAAGUUCGUCGGAGGAACCGUCACUCCUACGAAAGAGAAAACCGCCGUUUCGAUUCGAUCGAAGCCGUACCUGAACAGUUCAGAAAAUGUCGAUCCCAACACGUCGAGCCCCGGAUUGAAGUUCUGCAAUUCGCCGCCGAUGAGCAGCGCCAAAAAGUCAACUUCCAGGAAGGCUGCUAACCCUAACCAACUGGCGUCUCCUUCACCGAAGAAGAAGAUUCGCGAGAGGAAAUUCGUGAUCGCGAAGAAGAAAUCGCGGAAGGAGGAGGUGAAUUCUUCUUCUUCUGCCGCCGCCGUGGACUGUGUGAAGUGCAAACAGGCGACCGGGAAAUCAAAGUGUCUGUGCGUGGCUUACGAGAAAUUGAGGGUUUCUCAGGACGAAUUUUUUAAAAAUCGCAGUGAAAUAGAUAACGAAGGUUACUUUGACUACGAAGGGGUAAAAACAGCGACGACGGCAGAUCAAAAUUGUGGAAUAGCCAUUGAUGAACAGAGUAGUGAUGCUUUGUCUGAGAGUGACGAGAGAAACGGCGAAUUGAGUCUGAAAAGGAGCAGAGAUAGGCUAAUGGAAGAGGCGAGAAAGAGCGUGCCUGAGCCAGGAUCCGGAAGAGUGAAGCAUUUGGUGAAGGCAUUCGAGAAUCUUCGUAUGAUACCGAAAACAGGAGAUUCUAAAGAAAAAGAGAAUAAUGAAACAGAUGAUGAUAACAAGGGGAUAAAAUGGGCAUUGCCUGGAAUGCAUCAGUCGAGUUCAUCAGAUUUUUUCCUUACGUCGGAGAAUUUAGGCCUUGAUUCUCGCCAUUCUUAUUCGUUGGACAGCAAUCAAGGAAGCAUUUCAACCAGAACGUGUGAUGACCGAAGAAAAAGCAGACGAAGUAGCACUGAAUCUACCGGAACACUGAACAGAAGACAUUGGAAGCAGAGGCAGAAGAAGGCAACCUCUCUAAAGCCUUUUAUGCUCAGAACAGAGCAAAGAGGAAGAUGGAAGGAGGAAGAAUUCAUGAAGAAGUUGCAACAAAUGUUGGAGGAAGAGGAGAAAUUGAGAAUACCCGUUGCCCAAGGUCUUCCUUGGACAACAGAUGAACCUGAGUUUCUGGUAAAGCCUCCAGUUAAAGACAACACAAGGCCAGUCGACCUCCAAUUGCACAGUGAUAUGAGAGCUGUGGAGCGUGCAGAAUUCGAUCAUCAGGUGGCCAAGAAAAUGGACCUAAUUGAACAGUACCGGAUGGAAAGGGAGAGACAGCAGAAGCUAGCAGAAGAAGAAGAAAUCAGAAGACUAAGAAAGGAUCUCGUUCCAAAGGCUCAACCCAUGCCAUAUUUCGACAGACCAUUCAUGCCAAGAAGGUCUAUGAAGAACCCGACUAUACCAAAAGAACCGAAAUUCCAUUUACCUCAACACAAGAAGAUCAAGUGUGACAUGUCUUUGGAUGACGACUUGUACACUCCACUCGAGUGAAACGGCAUUGUAUAUCUCGUUCCAUUUACCUAAACGUUUUUUCUUUUUUUUUUUUAGGCCACUUUGUAUAUCUUGCAAUUUUGUUACAAAAAGGAAGAAAGUUUUACUGCUGGCACAAUGGUGUGCCAUAUUAAUGAAUGGGGAUUGAAGUUCAAUAAAAGUUACAUUAUAUAUUUAUCUUA